AGUUUGUUAAACGAUGAGUAAUUUCCGAGGAAUGUUGUGUUUUAAAGAUGCCUGUGAAUGGGCUAAUUGUUUUCAUGUAGAUCUAUGUUUGUGUUUUAUUUUCUUUUGAAUUCCGAUUGACCCGAGUUCAUUUUUACAUAAAUAUGGAUAAUAGGUCCCAGGUAAAGAUGAGGGAGUACAAACUUGUUGUACUGGGCAGUGGUGGCGUCGGUAAAAGUGCCCUGACUGUGCAGUUUGUACAAAACAUAUUUGUAGAAAAAUAUGAUCCAACUAUAGAAGACAGUUAUAGAAAACAAGUGGAGGUUGAUGGACAACAGUGUAUGUUAGAGAUUCUGGACACGGCAGGGACAGAACAAUUCACGGCUAUGAGGGAUUUGUACAUGAAGAAUGGACAGGGGUUUCUUCUUGUUUAUUCCAUCACUGCACAGUCCACAUUUAACGAUCUUCAGGAUUUACGAGAACAGAUAUUACGAGUCAAAGACACAGAUGAUGUACCUAUGAUUCUGGUAGGAAAUAAAUGUGACUUAGAAGAUGAGCGGGUUGUAGGAAAGGACCAAGGUCUGGGUUUAUCCCGGCACUUCAACUGUGAAUUCAUGGAGACCUCAGCGAAAAAGAAAGUUAAUGUCAAUGAAGUAAGUCUUAUAGGUACCUCAGCAAAAAAGAGAGUUCACAUCAAUGAAGUAAGUCUAAUCUGGGAAUGAGGUAGAAAAUCUGUGAAUAUGGUAAGAUACAUAUUAAUCUGAAAAUAUGGUACCCAUCAUAUAAAGACCUCACAGAUUGUGUUAAUACAGGGACCUUUGUAAUGGGUGAAACACUAAAAGAGAUAUGACAUGAAAUUUUGUACACUGUAUAGACGUCAUCCAAAGACAUGAAAGAUGUUUGACAACAAAAAUCUUACAAAGUUAAUGU